GGCUCGCUUCUCCCGCCUCCGCCUCCGCCGCGGCUCGUGGUCGUCCCGCCAUGGCACUGUCGCGGGGGCUGCCCCGGGAGCUGGCCGAGGCCGUGGCCGGCGGCCGGGUGCUGGUGGUGGGCGCGGGCGGCAUCGGCUGCGAGCUCCUCAAGAACCUCGUGCUCACCGGCUUCUCCCACAUCGACCUGAUUGAUCUGGAUACUAUUGAUGUCAGCAACCUCAACAGGCAGUUCUUGUUUCAAAAGAAACAUGUUGGAAGAUCAAAGGCCCAGGUUGCCAAAGAAAGUGUACUGCAGUUUUACCCGAAAGCUAAUAUCAUAGCCUACCAUGACAGCAUCAUGAACCCUGACUAUAAUGUGGAAUUUUUUCGACAAUUUAUAUUGGUUAUGAAUGCUUUAGAUAACAGAGCUGCCCGCAACCACGUUAAUAGGAUGUGUCUGGCAGCUGGUGUCCCUCUUAUUGAGAGUGGAACUGCUGGUUAUCUUGGGCAAGUGACUACUAUCAAAAAGGGUGUGACUGAGUGCUAUGAGUGUCAUCCCAAGCCGACCCAGAGAACUUUUCCUGGCUGUACAAUUCGUAACACGCCUUCAGAACCUAUCCAUUGCAUCGUUUGGGCAAAGUAUUUGUUCAACCAGUUGUUUGGGGAAGAAGAUGCUGAUCAAGAAGUGUCUCCUGACAGAGCUGACCCUGAAGCUUCCUGGGAACCAAUGGAAGCUGAAGCCAGAGCCAGAGCAUCUAAUGAAGAUGGCGACAUUAAACGUAUUUCCACUAAGGAAUGGGCUAAAUCAACUGGAUAUGAUCCAGUUAAGCUUUUUACCAAGCUUUUUAAAGAUGAUAUCAGGUAUCUGUUGACAAUGGACAAACUGUGGCGGAAAAGGAAACCUCCAGUUCCGUUGGACUGGGCUGAAGUACAAAGUCAAGGAGAAGAAACCAAUGCAUCAGAUCAACAAAGUGAACCCCAGUUAGGUCUGAAAGACCAGCAGGUUCUAGAUGUAAAGAGCUAUGCACGUCUUUUUUCAAAGAGCAUCGAGACUUUGAGAGUUCAUUUAGCAGAAAAAGGGGAUGGAGCUGAGCUCAUAUGGGAUAAGGAUGACCCAUCUGCAAUGGAUUUUGUCACCUCUGCUGCAAACCUCAGGAUGCAUAUUUUCAGUAUGAAUAUGAAGAGCAGAUUUGAUAUAAAAUCAAUGGCAGGGAACAUUAUUCCUGCUAUCGCUACUACUAACGCAGUGAUUGCUGGGUUGAUAGUAUUGGAAGGAUUGAAGAUUUUAUCAGGAAAAAUAGACCAGUGUAGAACAAUUUUUUUGAAUAAACAACCAAACCCAAGAAAGAAACUCCUUGUGCCUUGUGCACUGGAUCCUCCCAACCCUAAUUGCUAUGUAUGUGCCAGCAAGCCCGAGGUGACUGUGCGACUAAACGUCCAUAAGGUGACCGUGCUCACGUUACAAGAUAAAAUAGUAAAAGAAAAAUUUGCUAUGGUAGCACCAGAUGUCCAAAUUGAAGAUGGGAAAGGAACAAUCCUAAUAUCUUCAGAAGAGGGAGAGACAGAAGCUAAUAAUCACAAGAAGUUGUCAGAGUUUGGAAUUAGAAAUGGCAGCCGGCUACAAGCAGACGACUUCCUUCAGGACUACACUUUAUUGAUCAACAUCCUUCAUAGUGAAGACCUAGGAAAGGAUGUUGAAUUUGAAGUUGUUGGUGAUGCCCCAGAAAAAGUGGGGCCCAAACAAGCUGAAGAUGCUGCCAAAAGCAUAACGAAUGGCAGUGAUGAUGGAGCUCAGCCUUCCACAUCCACAGCAUGUAAUCAAAGCCUUCAGAAAAAUCGUGUUGAACAAGACUCACCUCUCAGGAGCAUGCUGCUUGAUGCCUCCAGGAUGGACUGACUGCUAGCCUUCUGAUAGAGCAGCUGCAAGCAAGCUGGAUUCCCACUCAACCCUAUCAGCCUGUGAGGUUCACUUUGCAUUUUUAGGUGUUUCAUUUUCCUCCAGGAAAAAUAAUUUCAAAAUUACAGAACAAUGUAACAUAAAAGUGAAAUAUCCUGGCCUGGAAUACCACCUCUCAGAAAUAAGUUUUGGUUAACUGGUUGGUCACUGAUGAUUUUCAGUUUUGAAAUUUUGAAUUCUGAAAAGCUCUCCAGAAAUCUGAAUUUUGAAAUUCUUCCCAUUCCUUAAAACCUCACCCUGCCUUUUUAAAAAAAAACAGUUGCCAACAGUGUGUUUCUGGCAUUUUGUGUAUGUUUCUUUGUUGUUUUCUUUCCCAUUUGAAUGUACGUGGCAGUAAGUGCCAGUUUGGUCUGUAGAGGUGUGUUUCUGUUUUGGCAGACCGGUGGUUUCAUCUUUGCAACGAUUCUGUUACUACCUUGUCUAGCAGUUUCUGUCCAUUUUCUACCUGUUUCUAUAAAAAUCAGAGUUUACCAGCAAGGCAGGUCUGGCCUCAGGGGUCCUGCUCAACUAAACUAAGCAGAUCCAUGCUGCCUCCAUGUCCCUGGGGGCUGAAGACACUUCAGAGCUGGUCUUGUAUUCGUGGUUUUCCCAUGUGAGUUUUCUUCUCAGUUGGGGAGCUGGGAGCAGGGCUCAUUAAGGGUGUUUCCCCAGUAGCUCCGGCCUGAAAUACAGCCUGACAAACCAUCUUCCAGCCUCAAGGGAGCAGUCUGGUGACUCAAGUUUACUAGAGAGCCCAUUGUCCCAAAGAUCUGUUCUCAUACAUGGCGUAUACCAUGAGAGGAUUCUGUAUUUUAAUAUAAAGCCUGAGCCCUUAACAAAAUAACUGAUUAGGCCAAGAUCAUCAGUGGAUGCCAAAACCUUUAGUAAAAGGCUGCUGAGGAACAGAAUCUUCACACAGUGCUCAAAUGUUGUGGUGCAGGUAACUUGAGAAAGGAAAGAAAAUCAGUCUUGACAAUAGACUGAUCGGUCACCACUGUAAUCAAGUGAUCAUACCUAGCAUCGCUAAUGGAAGAAGCGGAUACAUGCUUCCUGAGGAGAUGAUGAAAUGAAGAAUACAGCAGCGCUUCGGUUAAAAGAAAAGUUAACCCAAGUCUAAUCCAGUGUGUAGACUUAACCUCCAGCUGACAGGAAAUAGAGGGGAUAGAGGAACCAAGUAAAGCAAAACUAAGAGGAAACGGUCGGACAAGUAUAGGACGUGGGACAUUGUAGAGCUCAAGUGCAAAAUAAAUGACUAACAAUUCUUGUGACAAUUGGAAAUUUUAAAAUGGAAUAAAUUAAGCUAUAAUGGAAUUAUUUUCUUAGGUAUGAUAACAUUCUUGUAGUGAUAUAGGCCUGUGUCCGUAUUCUUGGAAUAUUAGGGAUGAAGCUUCAUAAUAACCACAACUUUUAAAUGGCUCGGUGAAAUAUACAAUACAAGAAGAAAAAAGUAAAAUCAACAUUUAUCAGAUCUAGGUGGAGCCUAUAUAAGUUCACUGUACUAUCCAACUUUUCUCUGAAAGCUUUCAUAAUAAAAGUGGAGAUACAUAUAUAUGUGUGUAUAUAUAUAUAUAUGUACGGUCUGUAUUUUCCUCUUGUGCCUAUGUGACUUUUUCAAGUUUUGUACUGAGUAUAUCUUAUGAUUGAAACUAGAAAGGCAAUAAAGAUUAUAUUAAAAAUA